AUGCAGUGUUGGAUCCAGAAUUUACAGUAUCAUAAAGAAAAACUUUUCACGGCUUGUAUGGCAAUGAAUCGGUUUCAUCAUGUUUCCAUUCCAUGGCUUGGAUCUAGGGUUAGGAAAGACUUCAUUCUUCAUAAUCAAGGAGAUGAUGUUGAAUGUGGAAUUGAUAAUUCAAGUGAACUUGAGAUAUUCGAAUUGAUCAUUCGAAAUUUGACAAGUGAAGGGUUGGUACGAAUGCAAGAUAGAGGUUUAAUUGUUAACAAUAAUGGUAACAAGAUGGAUAUGAUGUCAUACUCGGAUCUAGAGAUAAAACAACCAAGCAUUGAAAAUAAAUAUGACUUUGCGUUCAUGCAUGAAGGCGAAGAAGAACUGAUAGAUAAGGUACUUAAAGUUGAUGGCAUUAUGGUUGUCCUUAAAAAGGACAACCAUAAGGCAAAGGCUUCUGGAUCAUUUCAGAAGCCUUCAAACUACGAAAUUAUUUACCAUAGACAAUUUCCUGUCGCUAUCAUAGCCAUGAAGAAAAUUAGACUGAUUGACGAUAAGAACGAUGCUAGUAAUACAAUUCCACACAGACGACUCAUGUUCGCUCAAAAGAAAGCAGAAGCUCUAAAGAAUCUUGAAAACGUCCUUCUAGAACCUCCACGAACGGUGUCAGGGAAAUCCAACACGUACUCAAAGAAGACACGUUAUCUCCCAGACUUGUUGCAUGAUUCUCUUGAAGACUACCCACGAAGAGUGUUCAUAGAUAUUAAUGGAGAUGGAGGAUGGUUCACAAAAAACUACCCUACAAGGAACAUGAACUUUGAGAUCUAUCAAAUCGAAACAACAGUACCUGAAAUUACUAAUACUGAUACUAAUACCGAUGAUGAGGCCAUGGGCGAGUUGGUGGAGAUUGAGAUAACAGAUUGGUUGAGGGAAAAUGUGAGGAAUGAUGAGUAUGUAGUGAUGAAAGCAGAAGCGGAUGUUGUUGAACAAUUGGUGAAUAAUAAAGCAAUAGAGUUGGUAGAUGAGUUGUUCUUGGAAUGUAAGUAUAAUUGUGUGAAAUGUAAGAAGUGUAAGAGACCAUAUUGGAAGUGUUUGGCUUUGUAUGGUUUGUUGAAAGAUGUAGGUGUUGCAGUUCAUCAAUGGUGGGGAUGA